AAUCGGUAACGUGCGUCGCGUUGUUCACAGGAGCUGAAUUGACAAAUUAACAAAAUAAAUAAACUUUCAACUAAAUCCAGAGUAAGUGAACCAUUUGAGACGAUAUGGAUGACGAAGAAGAAACUUACAGACUAUGGAAGAUUCGUAAAACCAUCAUGCAGCUGUGCCAUGACAGAGGCUACCUAGUGACACAGGACGAGUUAGACCAAACACUGGAGGAGUUCAAGAGUCAGUUUGGAGACAAGCCCAGCGAGGGUCGACCCAGACGCACAGACCUCACAGUGCUGGUGGCACACAAUGAUGACCCCACUGACCAGAUGUUUGUUUUCUUUCCUGAGGAGCCCAAGGUGGGAAUCAAGACGAUUAAGAUGUACUGUCAGAGGAUGCAGGAGGAGAACAUCACACGAGCCAUCAUUGUUGUUCAGAUGGGCAUGACACCGUCAGCCAAACAGUCUCUAGUUGACAUGGCCCCCAAAUACAUAUUGGAACAGUUUCUACAGCAGGAGCUGCUUAUUAACAUCACAGAGCACGAGCUUGUUCCAGAGCACAUUGUUAUGACAAAAGAGGAAGUGACUGAACUGCUGGCAAGAUAUAAAUUGAAGGAAAGUCAGUUGCCGAGGAUCCAGGCUGGGGACCCUGUGGCUCGCUACUUUGGCUUGAAAAGGGGGCAGGUAGUAAAGAUCAUCAGACCUAGUGAAACAGCCGGGAGGUACAUCACAUACAGACUGGUUCAGUGACAAACAGAUAUUUUCCCGCCUCUACCUUUAAGAGGUACCGUGAAGGAAGCAGACCGCGUUACAUCUCUCAUCUCUCAUCCAUGGAUUAUUCCUUUGAUUCUGACUAGAGUUUAAAUUUGAGUUUUUCUUGUAAUUACCAAUUUUGUAAAAUAAACUGUUGAAAAAGACAUCAAAUGGUUUACACAAGAUGA